GCUGCAGUCAAAUGCUGCCUACAUUGAUAACACAAGUCUCUGCCGCUAAAAUUACUCUUACGGCACGCUCGCCCGUCCUCGGUUCCCAAGUGGCUGUGCAUGUCGCGUCUGUUUCUCUUUAAGGAAAUGCUUUGUUCAUUCUUCACUGGAUUCGUAGCUGACUCCACAGCGUGAGGGGCAUUUAGAUUCAUCAGUUGGCUGUCCUGCGCUAUCCCCACCGAAGUCCGCACAGCGUCUGAAGCCGAAGGCGUCUGCAGGCGCAGUUAGUUCUCAAGGGCAAACGCGUGAAACUGCGAUGGAAACGAACAGAAGAUGGACCCUGUCGGCCGACCUGGGGGCGCUGCUUUCGUCCGGAAAUGCUGCUGACGUCACCAUCAUGGCGGACGGCGUCUGGCUGCCGGCGCACAGAGCAGUGUUGGCGGCGCGCAGCCCUGUCUUCGCCGCCAUGUUCCGGCACGAUGUGCUGGAAGCAUCUGAGGGCAGUGUGAACAUUGCAGACAUCAACCAGGAGGUGCUGCAGCAGCUGCUGCAGUUCAUGUACACUGACGAAGCGCCUCUGCUGGAAUGCGUCGCACCGGAGCUGCUCGCGGCAGCGGAGAAGUACGGUGUGACCAGACUGAAGCAACAGUGUGAGCAACAGGUCAUUAUGGACCUGUGUGUGGAAAAUGCUGCAGCCAGCGCCGUCCUUGCAAUGGUCUACUCGUGUGCGAAGCUGAAGGCGGCAGCUAUCAGCUUCAUCAAUUCCCACUACCAAGAAGUUAUGGCUACAGAUGGUUGGGCUAGUGCCAUGAGGGAACACACAGAAGACACUGUGGAGAUCUGCCGUCUGCUGAGGGAUGCAACACGCCUUGAGUCAGAAUGCAAGAAUGAAACACCAGAAAAGACAGAAGAGGAUAGGGGUGACCUGGAAGGCGACCUGGUGGCACUGCUUGAGUCUGCUGACAGCAGUGACGUGACACUCAUGGUGGGCGGGGUGCCAGUGGCGGCCCAUAUGGCAGUGCUGGCAGCACGCAGCCCUGUCUUGGCUGAGAAGCUCAAGGACACCCCAAAUGGUACCCUGCAGAUGGACGGAGAACCACAUAAGGAGCUGGGCGAAGCCCUGCUCUACAUGUACAGUGACCAAUUGCCACACCCAGAAAGCGUCAGUGACAAGCUCCUAGUGCUGGCCGACAACUAUGAGCUUUGUGUUCUAAAGAAAUACUGUGAAGAGCAGUUGGCAGACCAAAUCUCUGUUAACAACGCAGUGUCCCUGGUUGUGGUCGCAACAAAACACUCCUGCACGGCGCUCAAGAGAGCUUGUGUUGAUUUCAUCAGGAGUCGAAUCUUCGAUGUGAUGGACACAGCUGGUUGGGAAAUGGCAUUACGUAAUGAUCUGGAAAUCAUGGUGAAGAUAUGCAAAUGUGUGGCUUCAGCAGAAAGAUUAACAUAUGGAGAAGAGGCAAGAGAAAUGCAGAAGAGGGUGCUCGAAGAGGCGAAGAGUGGCACCACGAGGGAGCUACAGGCGCUGCUGGACGGCGGGGCUGGCGUUAGUGCGCAGGAUGAGGACGGGGCCACCGCUCUGCACUGGGCGGCCUGGAGGGGCCACAAGGGCGCUGUGAGGUGCCUGCUGAAGGCCGGGGCGGCGGUGGACGCCAAGACUGAGCUGCAGCAGACGCCACUGCACCUGGCCGCCGACAACGGGCACGCAGCCGUGGUGCGUCAGCUGGUGGCCGCCUCGGCCGACGUUAACGCGAGGAAUGUGGACGGGAUGACGCCGCUGCACAGGGCGGUGAUGGCAGGCCACAUAGGGGCUGCCGAGGCGUUGUUGCGGGCGCGUUCGAAAAAGGGCAUGUGGCAGAUUCUCCACUGUGGUAGCGAGACAAAUAAGGGUGAGAUUUCCCCCCUAUGUCCCGGAGAUGACAACAACUGUCACUGAAUAUACAGUUUACUU